AUGAGGUUCAAAUUCCCUCUCAUGGCCAUUGGCCUGGAGGUUGCCAUGAUUACUUUAUUUGGAUUAUUUGUUCAGUAUGAAACGGAUCAGAAUAUUCUUCAGCCGCCCAGCAGCUCCAAUUCAACAGAUGUGGACAGAUUCAUUCAUUUAUACCCUUUGUUCCAAGAUGUGCAUGUUAUGAUAUUUGUUGGAUUUGGCUUCCUCAUGACUUUCCUGAAGAAAUAUGGCUUCAGUAGCGUGGGCAUCAACCUACUGAUUGCUGCUCUGGGUCUCCAAUGGGGCACUCUUGUACAGGGGAUCCUUCACAGCCAUGGACAGAAAAUCCACAUUGGAAUAAAAAACAUGAUAAAUGCAGAUUUCAGUACGGCCACCGUUCUGAUUUCUUUUGGAGCUGUCCUGGGAAAAAUAAGUCCACUCCAAAUGCUGAUCAUGACAAUCAUAGAAAUCGCUGUCUUUGCCGGUAAUGAACAUCUGGUUGCUGAGAUAUUUAUGGCCACUGAUAUUGGAGCAUCAAUGACGAUUCAUGCCUUUGGGGCCUACUUUGGCUUGGCCGUAGCAGGUGUCUUAUAUCGACCAGGCCUGAGACGGGGACAUGACAAUGAGGAGUCUGUGUACCACUCAGACCUGUUUGCAAUGAUUGGGACUCUUUUCUUAUGGAUAUUUUGGCCCAGCUUUAAUUCGGCCAUCGCUGAAGCUGGAAACAAACAAUACAGGGCCAUGGUAAACACAUACUUCUCUCUUGCUGCCUGCGUGCUCACGGCCUAUGCAUUCUCCAGCCUCGUUGAGCACCGAGGCAAGCUCGAUAUGGUACACAUUCAGAAUGCAACUCUGGCUGGAGGUGUUGCUGUGGGCACUUGUGCAGACAUGGAGAUCCACCCAUACGUUUCUAUGAUCAUUGGGAGCGUCGCAGGAAUGGUCUCCGUGCUCGGAUUUAAGUUUCUAACUCCAGUUUUUACUACUAAACUGAGGAUCCAUGAUACAUGUGGGGUCCAUAACCUGCAUGGCUUACCUGGUGUGGUAGGAGGCCUCGCAGGCAUUGUGGCAGUGACCUUGGGAGCAUCUGACAUGUCUACCCCAGCCAUGCAGGCAGCUGCUCUGGGUGCUUCCAUCGGAACAGCCAUUGUUGGAGGAGUGAUAGCAGGUUUAAUUCUAAAGAUACCUAUCUGGGGACAGCCAUCUGAGGAGAACUGCUAUGAUGAUUCUGUCUUUUGGGAGGUCCCCAGGUGGAGAGAACAUGACCAUCAUUUCCAUGAACAUAAUGGCCACCACCACUUGGAACCUGAACUCUAA